CAUGGCAACUAUCAUGGAAACUUUGAGGAGAAGCCCAAGAAGACUAUACACUCGGCGUCGCUGCAGGAGCUUGUCCUGUAAAACCAGGCAUCAUGGAUAUCUCUGUUUCGGCACCAAUGGUGGAGAAGGUCUCCUGGUACUGCCGAUAUACCGGCGGGUAUGUUGCCUUUGGUCAUUGGCGGCUCAAGCAGCUGAGGCUGCAGACGGCAGAGAGACAACAAGGACAACCCCCUUCGCUCAACAUUCAUGCGUGCCUUCUCCUGCUCAAUUUAAUGCAAGCUACGACUAAAGUAAAUUUUUUGAAUGUUAUAUAUCCUGCCAAAUUGUUUUUUCAGCAUUCCCGUAAUUUACAAGGAGCAGUCAAGUUUACGCGGGAGAUAGAGAAGCAUAUGGUUGUUGCCUUCUCUGUUUUGGAGUUACAUCUCAAAACAAGCGGGCAUGUUUAUGGAGCAUUGGUUUUUUAUCUCUUUGGGAUGGACCGAAUUCGUAAUGAUGUGCAGAGGCUUAAAAUCUUCCUACAGAGAUCAACGGGGGAAGAUCGAUACCCACCAUAUUGUCCUUGUGAGCCCACAAACCGGAGAUCUCAGACUAUCUUCUUGACUGCUCUCGAAGAAGUGGAGAUUUAUGGAUUCGAAGGACGCAAACACGAGAUUAAUUUCUUAAAACUGAUAUUUGAAUGUGCCCCAAUGCUUACAAGAAUGAUUGUGAAGCUGACACAUGAGGCCUCUGCAUCUGCAAGUACAAUGGAUGCACAAAAAUAUACAACAUCUUCGGGGCCUAUCCUUCUGUGGAAUCAUGUGUUUUAUAUUAUUAACCCCGAUGAGUAUAUGUUCUAGAUAAAGACAUGCCAUUAAUUUAAAAGGCAUGAUUGGGCAUAUGUAUCUCAAUUAUUACCGCUGUAUUUGUGUCUGCGCCCGCUAGUUUCUUGUCAUAAUGGAAGCUGAAUGAUCGAAUUGGCGAUACAAAAUUGAACCUUCUUAUACAGGCUUC